AUGACACCUCCACUAGGUACACUCGUUCACGUCCUCGGUCACAAUUGGCUGGGUAAGGCUGAUAUCGCCUUGCAAACAAUUCUACUAGCGAUCAGCUUCGUUGUAGUCGGAGUACGACUAUGGUCUCGGCGGUUGCAGCAAGACUCGCUGCAAGGGAAUGACUGGUUAGUGGUAGCAGCGACGGCUAUGCUAACAUCAACUAUCCAGAUCUUAAUAGUGGGUCGCUAUAUAGUAGAGCUUUUCCUGAUCUUACUUUGUGGAAUGGGCUUGCAUGCUGCAGAGGUUGCCCGUGUUGGUGGUCCCGAGGCUUUUGUACGCUUCGACCAGCUCACGUACGCCGGUGAUCUCCUUUGGAUAACAUCAGUUGCCCUGAUUCAAUUGUCGUUACUACAUUAUUAUCUUCGGAGGUUCCCGCGCCAAGUUAUCAUUUGGCCGGCCUAUAUCAUGAUGGGCUUGUGUUCUGCCCUAUGGGUCGCAAGCUUAUUUGCAACUGCGUUCUUCUGCACACCACCGAAGAAAAUAUGGUUGCCCGAUGUCCAGGGACAUUGUGGUAACCGUAAAUUGCUACAUACGGGCUCCUCUGUGAGCGUAGUAAUCCUCAACGGAUUGAUUCUCCUGCUCCCAAGUCCAGUUAUACGGGAUAUGAGGCUCUCCAGGGCCAGGAAAAUUGCGCUGGGCUGCAUAUUUAUCUUAGGACUCAUUAUCAUUGCCAUCUCCGCAAUCCGCAUUAAAGUUGAAUUCGACCUCGAUCCAGAAGACCCAACCUACAGCUCUGCACGAAAAUCACUUCUAUCAAGUAUUAUUCCUCUGUUAGGUAUCAUCGUCGCUAGUUUGCCGAUGCUGCCCCCAGCAGUUGAGAGAAUCUUUGGGACUUCAAUAUUUUCGUCAACAGUCGACGGGUCCUCCGGCGGUCCUGUAUCUCCAAGGUACUGGAAAACAACAAUCUUGUCGGGUACCCAGAUGGAAGAGACCGAAAUACCACUAGUCACAGUGACAAUGCCUCCUAUGGCGAAGAAGCUGAGUGAGCUGGCGCAUGGGCAGAUCAAAAUCACUUCUGACUGGGAGAUCCACUCCGCACGAAACUCGGCGCGGCUGGCACGCUACUCCCUAGGUCGAGGCUGA